UUCAGAAAACCUAAAAAGCCGUCAUGGCAGAGAGGCCCAAGCUCCACUAUCCCAACGGAAGAGGCCGGAUGGAAUCUAUUAGAUGGCUUUUAGCUGCCGCUGGAGUCGAGUUUGAUGAAGAAUUUCUGGAAACAAAAGAACAGUUGCACAAGUUACAGGAAGGUGACCACCUGCUGUUCCAGCAAGUGCCCAUGGUGGAGAUUGACGGGAUGAAGCUGGUGCAGACACGAAGCAUCCUCCACUACAUAGCGGACAAGCACAACCUCUUUGGCAAGGACCUCAAGGAGAGAACUCUGAUUGACAUGUAUGUGGAGGGGACGCUGGACCUGCUGGAAGUAAUUAUCAUGCAUCCGUUCUUAAAGCCAGAUGAUCAACAAAAGGAAGUGGCGAACAUGACUCAGAAGGCCAUAAUUAGAUACUUUCCUGUGUUUGAAAAGGUUUUAAGGGAUCAUGGACAAAGCUUUCUUGUUGGUAAUCAGCUGAGCCUUGCAGAUGUGAUUCUACUCCAAACCAUUUUGGCUCUGGAAGAGAAAAUUCCUAAUAUCCUUUCUACAUUUCCUUUUCUCCAGGAAUACACUGUGAAAAUAAGUAAUAUCCCUAAUAUUAAGAGAUUUCUUGAACCUGGGAGCAAGAAGAAGCCUCCCCCUGAUGAAAUCUACGUGAGAACCGUCUACAACAUCUUUAUGCCAUGAGCCAACAUACUUCUGUGAGUGAGCACGUGACCCUGGAAAUGGCAGUGUCCACGGUGAUAUCUUAAUUGAUUUCUGCCCUAUCAUGGUGCUGUGUAUUAAGUUGGGCCCUAAUUUGGUUUUUCAUGUUGAGGAGAUUGUCUUUUUCUGUCUAAUAACAAUUGUUAUAGGACCUUUUUUGGAAAACCUUUUUUUGGAGAGGCUAGUAUUUAAGUUGGAUCUGAUCGGAUUACUCAUUUCUUGUAGCUAGUUCAUCCUGAUCAGGGGAGUGGGCAGGAUUUCAUGUUCUUUCCUGAGCAUCUUUCUGCUCUCCUUACCUUCUAGUCUCCCUAAUUUUUAGUAUCUAAUAACAACAAAAUGUCUUGUGGAUGACUAUCCUCUGAGCUGUAGUAAAUCAAAUGAUAGUGGUGAAUGCAAUCGAUUUCAGCCAAAAUAAAGAAUUUGCCAAUCAUU